CAGGCGUUGUUUUGGAGGAGGAAGUGAAAGGAGAACAGAGAAGCUGAGGGUAGCAGACAGUUAGCUCGCUGGCAGGCAACACUUCAAGAAAAGUGCCAAAUUUACACACUAGUUGUAGAUAAUCUGCCUCUGCAAUUUACGACACGGUUUUUGUAAGUGUUCACGCAAAGGGCAACACAUUUUCUAAGAAUUUGAAACGAGGUAUUGCCAAAUUAACGCUAGCUAACGGAGUUCAGUGCCAGCGAGCUAGCUAGCUAGCUAGCUAACGUAACGCCUAGUUAGCCAAUAACGCUAACUGUCCUGACAAAUAACAGCUGGUCAGCUCGCAGCCAGGUCGGUUCUUGUCAAGAAGUCGCCGCUCCGGUGUGUUACAAGUUCAAACUGUGGAAAAAUGACAUCCAGGAAGAAAGUGCUCUUGAAAGUCAUCAUCCUGGGAGAUUCUGGUGUUGGAAAGACCUCCCUAAUGAACCAGUAUGUGAACAAGAAGUUUAGUAACCAGUACAAGGCUACAAUAGGAGCAGACUUCCUGACCAAGGAGGUGAUGGUGGACGACCGGCUCGUUACAAUGCAGAUCUGGGACACAGCUGGCCAGGAGAGGUUCCAGUCUUUGGGUGUUGCGUUCUACCGUGGAGCAGACUGCUGUGUGCUUGUUUUUGAUGUGACUGCACCCAACACCUUCAAGACACUUGACAGCUGGAGGGAUGAGUUUCUGAUCCAGGCCAGCCCUCGAGAUCCUGAGAACUUCCCCUUUGUGGUGCUAGGCAACAAGAUUGACUUGGAGAACAGACAGGUAACCACCAAAAGGGCUCAGGCUUGGUGUCAGAGUAAGAACAACAUCCCCUACUUUGAGACCAGCGCCAAAGAAGCCAUAAAUGUAGAACAGGCAUUCCAGACAAUUGCACGUAACGCCCUCAAACAAGAGACAGAGGUGGAGUUGUAUAACGAAUUCCCAGAGCCCAUAAAACUGGAUAGGAAUGAUGGAGCUAAACCUUCAGCAGAAAGCUGCAGCUGCUAAAAGACAACUUGGACCAUCUCCUCUCUUGGCUUUCUGAAACACCCUGUCACCAGUUACAUCACCUGCACCUCGCUCCCAGGGAAAGGACUUCCCUACUGGUCUUCCUCCUUCACACCACCGUUCAUUCCAUCGACACAACCCCUCACACAGUACGAUGCACAUGGAUGUACUCCCCCCACUUAGUACACAAAUUAAUACACAAGCGUACUCUCAUAAAAUACGCUGACACAUCCAGUGCCCAAAGAUUACACAAGAGAAGAAUGACACCCUUUCCGACCUCACAGUCCCUGACUCAAUAGUGAGUGAUCCCCUGUCCCGCCUACGGGACUCUCACACUGAGGGGGCAAGAUGGAGCCAUGUUCAAAGAGUACUUUUGGGAACUCUAGAUGGACUGGCUGAUGCUCUGUAAUGUGAGAUGAUGUUGGUUAAUGUCAGCAUCCCAAGUAUCUUAAUCAAUCUUUCUGUUUUCGCUUUCUAUUGCCUAUCUGUCAAGAAAUAAUCAAGUUGAACUAUAUAUAUAUAUAUAUAUAUAUAUAUAUAUAUAUAUAUAUAUAUAUAUAUAUAUAUAUAAAUAAAAUAAAAUAAAUCAUAUUUUUAUUUUUUUAAUUGGCUGAUGUUAUUUCUCAAGCCAAUCUGAAACACAUACUUGUUUUUUGCACUUUCUUUUUAUGUUUUUGCCUUUAAGUGUUAUAGAGGGAUGACUGAUUUUGGGCAACGUCUUCUACCACAUGCCUUUUGGUAAGCUUCAUAUUAUACCUCCUCACUUGUUUUCCCUGUCAAAUAUCCCCCAAGAAUCACUUUGGUGAUUGUACUGCCUUUUCCCUUCAAGGUUGUGUGUUAAUGGGUUUAUAAAUGCCUCACACUGCAGAAGAAAGGUCCCUAAGUAGACAUUAAGUAAAGGCUGAUAAUGCAGUCACAGUGUAAAACAUGGAUUAAUUCCUUGAUAUAUUAAUAUUUGCCUUUUAUGUAACAUUAUUUGUACUGCUACUAUUACUGCUCUAUGUGUUAUGUCCUUCAUCAGACAUCUUUCAACGCUAUGGAAUUACAGUGUGUGUCACCAACACAGAAUACACCUGUCUUCUGUCUUGUCUUUGUUAUUGCUGUUCUCUCUAUCUGCUUGUAGCUCAGGUUGGCUAAGUACUUAUUAUUUUUAAUGGAUUGUGCAUUACAGUGUAUAGAUGGUAAAGGUAAAUGGCUGAUGGAUUGAACUGAAACAGAUGUUCUCUUUCCAUUUAAAGAAAAGAUACAAUUUUUUGCCCUGGUAUUACUCCUUCUCCUUAUAGAAAUAAAAUCACUGCGAUGCCAAUGAUGUUGUCAAGUAAAAUUGGGACGUCAAAUAAUAAAACUCUUGAAUAUA